GCUUUUGGUUUGUUCAAUGACCCAAAAUGACCAUAGUAGGUAACCCAAUGAAACUAAUUUGAGCACAAUGCUAAAGAUUAUUAUGUUUUGGAUGAACUACAACCCCCAGAAUACACUACACAUGAGUACUGCAUGUCCCGGAGUGCACCGCGCUGAAGGAAGCAAGUGCCGCUGAGCUGUACUUACAGUAUCUGAGAAGUGCGGUGAGAGAUUGAUUGAAAUAUUAACCUAUGUUUAGAUCAUAAGAGAUACGGAAAGAAGAUACAGCAGUCAUAUUACCAACACCUCGCUGUACCCGUGCUACAUACAAUUCAGCGGAGCUCAGUUUAGUGAACCUGAUGGAAGAAUAUUGUUGCGUGCUUUUCACUGUUGUCUGCUUUAUCUCGCUGCUGUCAGUACAGUCUGAGAAUUCUCAUGCAAACGCGCUAACAGCAGAUGGAGGCUGGCUCUCCACCAGGAGCUCAAAGCCGGCCGAUGAGGGCCCGUGCACAGUGGAGGUCAGGGACCAGUCUUUGACGUACUCCCAGUUCAUUGAAAGAUAUGCAUAUUCCAGACCUGUCAUUAUCCGAGGACUCACAGACAACACAAAGUUCCAGUUUCAGUGCUCUAAGAACAGCCUGCUACAGGAGUUUGGGGACCGGAUGGUGCGUCUGAGUACUGCCAACACCUACUCCUACAGAAAAGUUGACGUGCCCUUCCAGGAGUUUGUUGAGCACUUGCUGAGGCCGCAGUCACUCGACGUGCUGGGCAGUGACACUCUGUACUUCUUUGGAGACAAUAACUUCACUGAAUGGAGGUCCCUGUUCCAAAACUACGUUCCUCCACCGUACACGCUUCCAGGAACGAGCGGGGCGUACAGCUUCGGCAUUGCGGGUCCUGGGACAGGGGUACCGUUUCACUGGCACGGCCCCGGAUACUCGGAGGUUGUCUAUGGGAGGAAGCGCUGGUUCCUGUACCCCCCUGAGAAAGCACCUAAUUUUCACCCCAACAAGACCACGCUGUCCUGGGUAGUGGACACGUACCCCAGCCUGAACCAGGGGGACCGGCCCAUUGAGUGCACCAUACACCCGGGGGAGGUGCUGUACUUCCCUGAUCGGUGGUGGCAUGCUACUCUCAAUCUGGACACUAGCGUUUUCAUCUCCACGUUCCUGGGGUGAUCCUGGCUGUGCUGCUCAGACAUUCCCAUUCCAGGAUCAUUGAACACAUUCCUUUAACCCCCUUUAUCCCAGGAUUCACAGCAAUUGGGAUCUUUUUCCAGAGUUCUAGCUAUAGAAAGGCUUAGUAUGCAUCCGUUUAUAAUAUACAUACAUUCCUGUAAAGCAGUGGUCCUCAAAGUGGUGCCCGCGAAGCCAGGCCAUUGUGCCCGUGGCAGCUGUUCUUAAAUUAUGGGUCAUGAACACAUUUCUGGCGGGUUGUAGCGUGGGAAGAUAAAUAAAGCUUUAAAGGCGUUUUCCAACAAAAGCGUCACAGCAGUCUGGUGACAGUGCUGCUCGCUUAUGCUGUGCUUGUACGUACUCGACAUUUUUUUUUUUUUCCUGAAGGGCCUCUGCGAUACGAUCAACCAAUUGAAUAUCUGCAGUUUCUCUGCGGUAGCCCAAUCAUAAGUUAGCUGGGUGGGAUAAAAACUUUGUGUUUCAGUUGCAGGUACUGACAGUAAGUUUAACCAAUAGGAGAGUCAAAUAUCUGCCAAAAGUUUUACGCAGCUGUCCAAUCAUAAGCAAGCAGAGGCCGUUCACGGUAUUCUGCUUGCAAAUUGAAGGCGAGUGAGUAGCCAAUGGGAAAGUGAAAGCUCUGACAGCUGUCCAAUCAUUCUUGAGCAGAGGCGGGGUGUUAAUAAGCUGGGUAAGCACUGACUUUUGGCAACUAUUAUUGAGAAAAAUAAUACAUUUCAGUAUUUAGAAUUGAAUUUUCUCUCUCUAUAUUUUUUAAUUUCACCAGACAAGGGAAGCACCGUAGUAGAUUUAGUUACGAAUCCACUUUCUCUGAAUAAUUAAUUGUUCUGGAGAUGCGCGAUCUUUAAAACAGAGUAGUGUUGACAAAUUUGCCAAAUUGAAACAAAGCGAGACAGUAUCCUCUUAUUUUAGUUUAUUCAUGGUUAUCUAUGUAAACAUGCUUUUAAAAAUAUUUGCAUUGUAUAUUUUAUAUAAAUUAUUUAAAGAAAAAGCGCAGCACAGACAAUUCCUGCCCGCAAACAACCAAGUAAGAUCAUUUUAUGCCCGUGUCCAAAUUACUUUGAGGACCACUGCUGUAAAAGAAAUGCUUUGAGUACUUGGAUUUAUACUGUAAGGAAUUCCUGAUACAAAACUUACGUGUGUGUAUGUGUGUGUGUUCUUUUAGUUUUAUUUUAUUUUUUUUGUUUUCUCUUAGAUUGGGUGUCUGAAAUGAUGAAGAAUUUUUAAUGUAUUUUUUGUACAUUGUGGGAAUAAAAUGAUUUAUUAUGUAUAAA